AGACAACAGUUGCCUUCUUCCGCGUGUUUUGAUCGGAUUUUAUUCUUGAUAAAAUGACAAAACUUGAUUUGUUACACUCUCAUUUGUUAAACCGUUUGUCUGCUGUCAUUCGUGAGAUUUUUGAGGAGGUGGAGACAACGGUGAAAGAUUAUCAAGAGGAGACUGUGCGUACAAGAGCGGAAAACGCAACGCUCAAACGGCAACUGAGGGAUGUUUUGAUGAGGACAGAGACACAUUUUAAAGUACAAGUCCACAACGUCUCUCAGAAUAUUCCUAAUUCCCAAAAUGAAACUGAAGACCAAGAGACCCAGAGAACAGAGAAUCAUGGCCUGGGUCCAGCUUCAUUUAGAGAUGAGAAGCCAUGCAUACUGGAGCUGACUCCAAUCAGUAAAACAGAGUCAAAUGAUAGAGAGUCAGAACAUCUCAAAGACAGAUCCUCCACAUUAUCUCAUUUAUCUACAGGAGAACUGCUUGUUUCUCAGAGUAUGGAUGAGAGGCGGAAUAUGAAUUUGCCCUGUGUAGGAGCACAUUCAAUUAAGAUUGAGCAAGAGGACACUUUUAUCACAAUAACACCGCCUGCUCAUGCAGGUCAAUGUCAAGACUCAGAUACCACACACCAGCUAAGAACAGUCUGUGACACUUCAACCACGCUGAAAAAAAAACAGCGAAAGGAACUCAAUAAGAAGGAUUCAGGAAAAAUCCCAGAUGAUCAUCAUCGUGAGGGGCCGUAUAAAUGUAACAAGUGUGGUAGGCAGCUGAAGGAUUUGGCAAAACUGCAGUUGCACAGAAAAUUGCAUGAAAGAUCCUUCAGCUGUCACUGGUGUGGCAGAAACUUUUCUAAGUUUGAUUAUCUUCGCUUUCAUAUGCGCACGCACACAGGAGAGCGGCCAUACCGCUGUAACUGGUGCUCAAAGACAUUCACCCAGUGCGGCAACAUGAGGAGACAUGAGCGUACAUGCCAGAGGUUUAUUGAAGAAGCGACAGCAGAAAGACAGACCGCUGCUUAAAUGGUGACAUGGCGUGAUUUGUAAUUGUUGCUAGAUGACUGCAGGCUUGCUUCAAGUCACCUGAAAGAACGUCUGUUUAUUUUUACAGUUGAUUUUUAUUCCGAACUGUUGGUAUAUUUUGUUCAAUCGGAUUGUAUUUUAAUAGUCAUGAGCUGAAGCUCACUUGUCAAACAGAUUUCUGUUGAUAGAAAUUUGUCUUUAACCUGAUUAGGAAAUAUAAAGAUGUGCACACUAGUAUGUUUCUGAAUAUAGUACACUUCACAGAAAGAGUUCCUUUCAAAAAACUACACAGCAAGUGUCAGAUCCCCACCAUCUCAUUUGAAAUGAUGUCAUGUCUUGUGUGUGUUUUAAUACAAAAACAAUAAACUGGUUUUGUGUUUAACCACAAACAAUAUAAUCAGUUUUA